UGUUUAAAAAUGAAAGAGUAGGGCAAAUGCGUUAUAUAGUUGGGCUCCAAAAUAAAAUUAGCCAUCGAAAGUUAAAAGUCCCACAAAUCACCUUAUUAUAAACCACUCCAACUAGCAAUAGGUGUCAAAGACCCACCACCCACCGCCCCAACACACACCCAAAAUUCUUGUCUUUGAUCUCUUCUUAAGCUCUCUCUUCAUCUCACCAUCUUAGCUUGUUUGCUUUGCUUGCCACCCAAGAGAGAGAGAGAGGUGAAAAUGGGAGCUCUGGAUUAUCUCUCAAACUUCUGCACUAUCACCACCAGAAGAAAGAAAAGGAAACCAAUGCAGACAGUUGAGAUAAAGGUGAAAAUGGACUGUGAUGGGUGUGAAAGAAGAGUCAAGAGUGCUGUCAAAAACAUGAAAGGUGUGAAAAGUGUGGAGGUGAACAGGAAACAAAGCAGGGUGACAGUGAGUGGGUUCAUAGAUCCAAACAAGGUACUUCGGAAGGUAAAGAGCACCGGAAAAAGGGCAGAAAUGUGGCCAUACGUACCCUACAACCUCGUCUACUAUCCUUACGCGUCUCAGGCGUACGAUAAGAGGGCGCCUUCUGGUUAUGUUAAGAAUGUUCCGCAGGCACUGCCUCCGCCUAAUGCCGCUGAAGAACGCAUCACUUACAUGUUCAGCGACGACAACCCUAACGCUUGUUCCAUUAUGUAAUCUCACCUUGCAUUGCAUGCAUGGGAGUAAUGAAGCUACCUUAGCAGCUAGACCAUGGUUUUUUUUUUCACCAGAGAAAUCUGCAACCACUAUACCUCCACCAAUAGUGGCAUUUGGCAAGAUUUCCCAUAGCUUCUAUCUCCUCCACUUGUUACUUAUUAUUGUAUGUUUGUAAUGCAGAACUUUUUAAAAAUAUUUAGGUG